UGACUACGUAUUUCCGUCAUGAGACCAGACUGGUUGAAAUAAGUACUCGGAGUCGCGUAUAAUGUCAUGUUGCAUAGGGAUAGAGGGUGAGCGUGAGGGAUUUAUUGAUAUAAUAUCUUCGUCAAUUUCACCACCUUUAAUAUGGCGCACUCAUAGUCACUGUCACGACUAACGAUAAAAAAUGAAUUUCCUUUCCGGUUUGUUUUCCUCCAACGAUUCGGCUUAUCCUCCUGGCCCCAGAGCAGAACCCGAUGUGCAGAUACCUGAGGGUGAUGCGGUACGAGGAGCCCGUCUUUUCAAGCUGAAGUGUGGUCAGUGUCAUACCCUACACGAGGAAGGGAUCAACAAGCAAGGUCCUUGUCUCUUCGGAGUGUUUGGGCGGAGAGCGGGACAAGUGCCCGAUUUCGAAUACACAGAUGCAAACAGGAGUAGCGAGAUAACGUGGUCAGAAAAGCACUUGUUUCAAUAGUAUGGCUGAAGCUGAAGGGUUAUAAACAAGAUGAAGAAGAACAAGAAUAGAAUCAAUAUUUACAACUUCUUGGACCGUUCCAUCUUCUAAUCUCCCGUCUACAAUCCACGGCGUUACAUUCCUGGCACGCGCAUGGCUUUCCUCGGCAUCAAGGACCAGCAAGAACGCGGUGAUUUGAUAGCCUUUAUACGUGAAAAUGGUGGACAUGCUGGAAAUGGGGAUAAAGCAGGUGCAAGCACUGUUGGAGCUGCAAGCACUUCUCCCGGAGGAAAUUCGUCAGCUUUGGCCUCAACUGCUCCAGUUUCGGUUGCAGAUGCGACAGCAGGACGAAAUUCAUCAGCCAUAUCAAAUCCGUCAAAUCCUAGCACUAGUUACUACAACGCUCCAAGAAGUAGUAGCCCUGCUCCAGUUCCGCCUAAUGCCGUAGCUACGCAUAAACCUCCUUCCAGUAUGGCUCAUACAGCUAGCACUUCUAAGCCUAAAGUCGGAGCCAUUCCAGAUACUAAUCCCGCUGCAGAUUGUGCAGGCGGCGGCGGUAGUGGAAAUCCAACGACCAUUGACUUUUAGGUUAUCAUGGUUUGUAACUGUAAGUAGACUCAGAAUUAAUAAUAUGGUCGUUUUGAUUUUCAUAAUGAAUUCUGUCAUGAUCAUUUUUUUUUCUGAGCAGGAGCAAGUGAGAAUCUUUGACGGAAAUCCGAACGCAUCAGGCGACUGUCUUGCAGCUUCUUUCAUUUUCUUGAAGCUUUGCCACUGUUGUUUGUGGGCGUCAAUGCAUUUUUCUCACGCCAUAAUCGAU